AUGUUGCUCGACACCCCCGCGAAUCGACGCGCUAUCCGCGCGAUCAUUUGGAUCUUGCAAUCACAUGGAGUGUUCUGUUUAGCCUACACGAUAUGGGUUCUAGCGGCGAAGACAUGGCAGCCUUUGAGUUUUGGGAAAGACCCCUUCCUUAACAAUUGGACCUUGUGGUGUAUUUGGUUUCCUGAGGCGUUUUUCUAUCUGUACUUUCUGGGAUAUGCGCGAUACAUUCAGUGCGAAGCAGUUCAUCCGCCCAAACGGACUCGCGAAGAACGGUUGGCGCUCUUCAGCAAAGUCCGCUCCGAGAUCUACGAUCCUGUGAGCUUCCUGAGUGGAUGGUUUAGAGGUUCGAGGAUCGAGGACAUUGGACGCAAAGAGAUGGAAAGGUUUGUUGACUGGGCUUUCUGGGAUGGAAGAGCUAGCGAAGCAGGUGAGGAAGGCGAUGCAGCAGAGAUUGAGGAGUACAUACAGAAGAUCGAGAAGAUGAUGCCAGGCCCGUUUCCGGAAGGGGAUGGCAGGGCUAAGAGUUUACGCCUAACUCUGGAUCCGAUUGAGAUUGAAGCACGUAGUCUCUUUUGGUACGGGCUAAUCAUGUUGGCCGAUACGAUUGCGUUGGGCCUGCUCAUGGCGAAAGAUUUCGAGUACUACAGGCGCAGCAUUCGGGACGUUGCUUCGGUCUUUCCGCCACGACCUGCAGCUUUUUGUACGCGAAAUGUCUCGUCAGUGCCGGACUACUCAUACUUCUUGCGGAAACAUACGUCCAAAACACGGCUGCCAAUCGUCUACAUACAUGGAAUUGGCAUAGGGCUUCUACCUCACAUUGGUUUCCUGGAGGAAGUGCACAAUGCCUUGAACGCGGGAGCCGGAAAGGACGACCAAGUUGGCAUUCUAGCCAUCGAAGUACUCCAAGUGUCAUUCAGAUUGACAUCGUCAAUGCCACGGAGAGCGGAGUUCUUGUCACAAAUGACGACAAUGAUUGAUCAGCAUUUUGGCACUGGCCGCUUUGUUCUUGCUGCGCACUCAUAUGGAAGUGUCCUGAGCACGCACAUCAUGAAUGAUGCACAGCUGUCACUAAGAAUUUCAGGAACUCUCCUUGUGGACCCGGUUUCCAUUCUGCUGCACAUGCCGGAUGUGGCUUACAACUUCACCGUACGAACUCCAGUCCGUGCAAAUGAAUGGGAAUUAUGGUACUUCGCCUCCAAGGAUCCUCAGAUUGCACACACGCUCGGUAGACACUUCUUCUGGAGUGAAAGCGUCUUAUGGAGAGAUCAGAUCGAUCAUCUGGUUGAAAAUCACAACAUGCGUCUCACGGCAAGCUUGUCGAGUGACGACCUGAUCGUGAAUACGAAAGCUGUCAGAAGUUACCUCACAGACGGGGAUUUGCCAGAACCGGUUGUCGUUGAAGACAUCACAGGCCAGAAGCAGAUGCAGCUACAAACACACACCAAGGACUAUCAACAGCAGAAUAGCAAGUGGCGUGGAGCUGGAGUAGAAGUUCUGUGGUGGCCGGGCUACGACCAUGCAGGCGUCUUUGAUAAACAAGAAGAUAGGGCAAAGCUGGUUGACGUUCUGGUAGAAUACGUGAAGGAGCAAUGA